AUGAACGAUUCAGUUUAUCAAUCCCACUUUCAAAACUACUCCCAACACAUCGAUUCGGCCAGUGCCAUGCAGCUCGCCUACUACCAGUCGUCACAAGCAGAGAGCCAGGUACAACCUUGGCUAUACAACCAGCACAAGACAUCGUACGAUGACCAGUGCAUCCGUGCACCAGCGCGCUCUGAUUCACUCUUGUACACUUCCGAAUUUGCCAAUCCAAAUUCCAAUUUCGAGCUCCCAGGCCAGGAAUUAGCCAUGCCUUAUACGGUUAUUCGUCCUGUUCUAGCUACCCAGUGGCUUCCCUAG